GCUGUUAAUAGUUGGAAUCGCUGUCAAAUUUUGCCCAAAAAAGGUGAAAUACAGUAUCCCAAAUUUGGAUGUUCCUGCUCGGACAAGAUGCCAAAAAAAGUGAAACACCCAAAGAAAAUUUGGAUAGUCCUGCUCCGCCAAGAUGCCUGAAUAAUAUUUUUUUUGGGGGGGGGGGAGGAAAGGCAGAAAGAGUCUCACUCUGCUCACUUUCCAGGGGAGAGGGAUGAAAUAUCGUCUGAAUUUCGCCUGCAUUUGUAACCAGGAGCUGCAAAGAAUUUGAAGGUUUUUCAGGGGAGUGGCACUAAGUUUUCUUCUCAAGCGGGAAUUUCUCAGGAGGGUUUCAGCCACCCUUGGCCAUCAGCCAUGGAUUUCUGUGUGUGUGUGUGUUUUAAUUUUGAAAACGAAAUAGAACAAAAACAAAAACCGCAGUUUGGGAACGAGAUUGGGAAGAAGGCGCCUGUCCUUUGUAGAGAAGGAGCGCAAGGUACUCACUGACACGUGAUGCGAUGCAAGAAAUCCAUCCGCCGCCGGCGGGAAAGAGCCAAUAAAGCGGUGAGUUUGGCGCGCGAGAGCUUCCCAAGGAUGCGGCCGCCGGCGAGGCAAGGUCCCGAAGGAGCGGCGGAGGGCGCCUGUUGCAGUGACUGACAGACGCACAGACAGCCUCCUCAGCUGCUUCCCCCUCUCAUUCGUCCACCCGUCUGUCUGUCCGUCCCCAACUGACGGGGGCUCCUCAGGCGCGCCUCACUUCUCGCCUCACUUGCAGCUCCGCGUCCGAGGGAGACGCACGCUUGGAGAGCGCGCCUGGGGCCAUGGACAGCUCCUGGGAAGAGCGCGGGAACCUCACGGUCCCCUCAGGCAGCGGGAGCGAGAGCCCCGUCCCCAGCCCGGCUGCGUCGUGGGCGCCCACGGCCGGCUUGGCGCCCCGAGAAGACAGCGGCUCUGCGUCUUUCUGGAACACCCCUUUGAACCAGGCUCUGAGCGUCUUCGUGGCGCUGGCUCUCUUCGUGGCCAUGCUGGGCUUGGGCUGCACGGUGGAAAUGAGCCAGCUGGGCGCGCAGCUGAGGCGGCCCCUGGGCUUGCUGCUGGCGCUGCUGUGCCAGUUCGGGCUCAUGCCCUUCGUGGCUUUCCUGAUGGCGCUGGUCUUCGCCCUCGACGAGGUGGCAGCCGUCACCGUCCUGCUGUGCGGGUGCUGCCCCGGGGGGAACCUCUCCAACAUCAUGUCGCUCCUGGUCAACGGGGACAUGAACCUCAGGUACCCGAAGGGGAAGGAGGGCCAAGCUGGAGGCUGGGUGGGGGUCCGCUGGGCAAGAAGAACCAAGCGGGCUAGUAACAAGACUACUGCUAAUACUACUACUACUAUUACUAAUUUUUUAUUUAUACCCCGCCCUCCCAAAGACCGGGCUCAGGGCGGCUAACAACCAAUAAUAAAAACAAGUUGAUUAAAAUAUAAUAAUAAUAAUAAUAAUAGUAAUGCUACUAAUAACAAUGCGGCUGCUGCUACUACUACUAAUACAAAUGCAUACAUACAUACAUACAUACAUAAAUCUUAUUAUUUAUACCCCACCCAUCUCUGGGGCAGCGAACGCCCCCUCUAGGGAAAAGGGUGGCAGCGAGACUGAGGGUGUUUCUCCUGCAGGAGGAAGCGGAGAGGAGAGAGAUUGUGGGUGCUUCUGUCUGAAAUCGGUUAUUUUCGCUUUAACGCACUGUCUAAAGUUGCAUUGUUUCCUGGCAGAGCUCCAACUCCAUUCUCAUUGGGACGGCGAGCAGACAUUCAACAGGUGUAGCGCCCUCCUCUCUCCCCCCCACGAUGAAAGCCAAAUCCACCCGUAGAAUAUCUUAUCCGUCACAGCACCUGCUCAAGGCACGGAGGUCCUGCGAGGAAAAGGAACGGAGAGAUGACAUGUAAAACUCCCGAGCAAACGUCAGAUGAGUUGUUAUGUAUGCCCUGUUCCCAGAGGGUGGGGCAAAGAGGCAAGUGCCACUGAGCAAGUGCAGAGUGCCUGGAGAUAUCUGCCUUUCCCAAUGGAAGUUUCGCCCGUCGCUGCAUCUCCAGCCUGAGAAAGGAUGCACCUGUUGAAUGUCUGCCUGUUACACACCAGUGAAAGGCGCAGAGGCUCUGCUAGGAAUCACCCACAAACCUGUGCAUUUGGGCUUGGGGAAGAACUUUCCCUGCAGUCUUUAAUCCCCACCAGCUGUUUCUAUUAAUUAAGAAUUAAUUGGGGGGGGAGGCAAGACAGGGCUAUGGGGUACAGCCAGACAAUGUGGGCAGCCUUCUGCUUUUGCACAGUACAUCUUUUUGUAAGCCGCUAAGCUCUUGCUUCUCUCACCGCUUUCCGAGACCCUCUAGUUUCACUUGAAGCCGGCACAAAGAGGAGAGCAAGCUGUGCCAGUGUGUGCUGUGAACCUUGAUAGCCAGACACGCCCUGCAGGCAGCUGUGCUGGAAAACAGCGUUUGGGGUGUGCGUGGGGAGGAAGUUUUUAACGAUGGGGAGGGAGGGGAGAAAAGUGUGGACUGUGGGGAAGAGAGAUAAUGUGUUUAAGUAAAGCCUGCACUGGAUAGAUGAGAGACAGCAGCACAUCAUGCCAUGGCGAGAACAGUGCAUUGUAACGAAUUGGGAAGGGUGCCUUUCUCUUUCAAAACUACCAGCUUCUGUUUCUACAACACACACACAGAGUGUAAAAGGCAGAAAUCACCCAUAUAAAAUUAGCAGCCAAGCAGGAGGUUCCCACUGACAGUGUGAGGUUGGAAAGACUAAAGGGAAGAGGCUACUGCAAUAAAAUGUGCCAUCUGAGCAGCCUGUGGAAAGUGAAUGGGGCGGUGGAAGGAACUUCAGUACAUCACGUACCUUUCCCUCUGGGAACUCUGUUUUCUCUCGUCUCUGGCAGUAUAAUCAUGACCACAUCGUCUACGUUGCUUGCUCUGGUCUUGAUGCCUCUUUGCCUGUGGAUCUACAGCCGAGCCUGGAUCAACACCCCGUUAGUGCGCCUGUUGCCCCUGGGCGCCGUCACCAUGACCUUAUGCAGCACUCUGCUCCCCAUCGGCAUUGGGGUCUUCAUCCGAUACAGGUUCACCAGGGUGGCAGACAUCCUGCUGAAGGUAAGCCAGGCCCCAGAUGCCCACCUUUACAGGGGAUACAGGGAGGAGCCUUAAUACAGGCACGGACUACAGUUCCAUCUAGCUAGAACCAAGAGCAGUGGUGUAAUUAGAGUGUCAAACUAUAGGGCCACGGAGACCUGGGUUCAAAUCCCCAAUUAGCCCCAAAGCUCGCUUGGUGACUGCCUCUCAGCCUACUCUUUCUCACAAGGACGUUGGGAUAAAAAAAAAUUAGGAGGAAUAUACCACUUUCAGCUCCUUGGAGCUAAAGUGGUAUAUAUGAAUGUAAGAAUGCAAUUUUAACAAAGAAAUUAAAGUGUUGCUCCAGUGAGGCAGUGGGAGAGCAUGUAUGUCCUGAAGGCACAGGACCCCUUUGCAUUAUUUGCAGAGCGCCAUGUUUGCUUUCCAAGUGAAGAACCGCUCUAGCAGGGCUGCCGGUAUCUGAGGUCUUGCAGAGUCGUUGUCAAAGCAGGCAAAGCUAAGCUAGAGGGAUCAACAGUGUAAACUGCAGCCAAUGAUCCCCUGUCCAGUAUCGCGAGGUGAAAUCCUGCCUUGAGAGCAAUUUUUUUGUUUUGUUACAGAAUUUACACAGAAGGAAUUCACACACAGUAGUCCUCCUACGACAUUGCCAUAUGCAUAGUAGUAAACCCUAUUUCUAAAUUUCAGCUGCUUGCAGUUUUCUUUCUGGGAAAAUAGAAGUGGCUUGUGACAUAAAAUGUGUUUUUUUGCCAUUGUGGUGCAUUUUUCUUGUUUUUUGUUUUGGUUUUUUUUUGGCCCAGUAUAAAAAGGGUGGGGUAAAAUAAAUGCCCCAUAGCAUUUUCCAACAACACACAUGGUUUUCUCAGGGGGCAUUUUACCACCCCAAGAUACACUGGAAUUUGAUUUGGAGUAGCAAAAGGUACCACUUCAGUAAAAAUAAAUAAAUAAAUUGGUAGCAGAUGAAGGCCACACUAGUAAUUUGCAAUUUAUCAUGAAUAUUUAUUUAUUUUUAAUUAUUUAAGAAUCACAUACAACCAUUGCUCUCUAGGCAAUUUAACAACAGAUUAAAAUAUAGAAUAACAUACAUCAUAAAAACAGUAGAGUAUUAAACGUGACUAGAUAAAAUUGGCUUUCUAGAAAUGUUUACUUAAAUAAAAAUGUUCUUAUGGCACAUAGGAGUCACACAAUGCCAUCAUCUGCCUCACCUUCACUGAAUGUUCCAUAUUGCAGGGGUUACUGAGCUGGGUACAAAUAUAUUUGAUUUCUGAGGUACAAGGUACUUCUGAAAACUCAGCUCCUUAUGAUAAUAACAGUAAUUUAUUAUUUAUACCCCGCCCAUCUGGCUGAGUUUCCCCAGCCACUCUGGGCGGCUCCCAAUCAAGUGUUAAAAACAGUACAGCGUUAAAUAUUAAAAACUUCCCUGAUAUCAGUGAUCUAGUUGGCCAACUGAGAGUGAAGCACUCUGAUUCCAAGUUGUUUAGGCCUUUGUACACUAGUAACAAAACCUUGAACAUGGCCUGGUAGCAUAUAGGCAGGGAGUGCAGUUCCUGCAGCAUGGGUGUUAUAUACUGUCAGAAAGCUACCAGGCCUGAACCAAGACUGAGAUGUGCUCAGAUGAUCAGUUUUCUCCAGCAAUUCCUGCAACUGAUCCACCAUGACCAUCCAUUUUUGUUUUAAAAAUGCUUUUGCGUUAAUUACAUAGACUGCUUGUCCACCUCUGCAUAAUUAGAAUGGGGGGAGGUAGUGAGAGCACCCUUAAUUCUUCUAUACUGGGGUAAGUUUUUUUGGUAUUUCUCAUUGUUCAGUUUUCUAGCCCCAAAGCAUGUGGUAUAUGAGGUUGUUAAGAGUGCCCAUUAAUUUCUAGCUACAGAGGGCUUUCAUUUGGCCCACCUAUGUUGCAAUCUUGCUGUCUUAUAUUGUUAUGGCAUUUCACUGAACUCUACUGUAUAUUUUGUUUUAGUAUAUCAUUCAUUGCUUCGGGGGGCCUUGGGCCAAAAAAACAAAAACCAGUAUAUAAAUAAAUUGGAAUAAAUAAUAAGAAAUUGAAACAGAACAAGCAGUUCUACUGUUAAUCCUGCUAGUUCUGUCUGUGAUCACCAAAUAUACACCUUCUAUUUAUAUAACAGCACCAAUACACAUUAAUAUGCUUUGGCAAAUGAAGCAGUCUUAUGUGUCUUUUGUUUUAACAGAUUCCGUGCUUCCCUUGAUGCCUGAAAUAUAUUUUAAAUAACCUGUAUGCUUACUGAUAUAGUAAUAUGUAAUUAAGAGCAGCGGUCCUCCAAAAUCCUACUCUAUCUAAUCCAAUGCUUUCUUUGCUAGGUUUCAUUGUGGUCCCUCCUGGUAUCCCUGGUGAUCCUUUUCAUUCUAACCGGUACCAUGUUGGGACCUGAUCUGCUGGCUACUAUCCCUGCUACUGUCUACGUAGUAGCUGUGCUGAUGCCCUUGGCUGGCUAUGGCUGUGGUUAUGGCAUAGCAACCUUAUUUCACUUGCCACCUCACUGCAAGAGGACAGUGUCACUGGAGACCGGCUGCCAAAACGUACAGCUCUGCACCGCUAUACUCAAACUGACCUUCCCUCCAGAGCUUAUUGGGAGCAUGUACAUGUUCCCCUUGCUCUACGCUCUCUUCCAGGCUGCAGAAGCUGGUCUGUUUGUAUUGGUCUAUAAGGUGUAUGGCAAGGAUUCCUACAAACAAGAGCCUCUAGUAGGGGAAGAAGAAGAAGAUACAAACAUUUCCUACAAAAAACUGAAGGAAGAGGAAAUGCCAGAUACUUCCUAUGGCACUGUGACUGCCGAGGGCCAUGCCUCAGUGCUCAUGGAACCGAUGCAGACUGCCCUCUAGAGGAAGGGAGGACCUGAACUGGAAAUCCUGUUGUGGGAUAAUGUAGCAAACUGUUCAGUCAAAGGAGGAGGCAGGGAGAUGAUGGCACAAAACAGUUGCUGUAAUCUUGAUUCCCUCAGCAUAUAUGGUUUGUAAAAAUGCCAAUAUUUUUGUCCAUGAAUAGCAAGUCACCUGUGACCACCUCCUCAGCUACCACAAAGAAUCAAUAUGAGCCAUCACAAUAAAGUAUACUGAAAUGCAAGCAAGCAGGAAGGCUGCAUGCUGAAGAGAGGGGUUUUAUAAGGUAAUUUUAAAGACUAGUAUGAGAGGGAGGGAAGAGAAGAACAGGGGAAUUAAUGCUGAUAGUAUUUGUUCUUGUGUAACUGAAUGUCACCAACAUUUGCUGUUUAAAAGCUUUGUAUCUGUUUUACAUUAUUCAGCUUCUGUGUAUGUGGAAAGGUUGAACUCAUGUUGUAUAUUUACCACUGAUUAAAUUUCUUCUGAAGAUACCAAGCCAUUAAGAGGACUUAUGAGACACUGUCUGCUUCAUCUUGUUGAUAUCAAAGCUGUCAUUCUUUUCACAGACAGAAGAGCAACAAGAUCUCCCUCCCACUAAGCGGUAGUCAAGAGAAACUCUCUUCCGAAUGAGUGGGGGCCUUUUUAAAAACCGAAUGCUCCUUGGCAUUAUUAACUCUUCAGGGUAGAUACCUGGGAGCAAAAAUCUGCAAUCUGUUUUAACAAAGGAGCUGGACCUGUGAUGCAGAUCUAUUGUAACCAUUAUCUAAGAUGCCAAGUAAGGGUAUUUCUUAACCCUUUAACCAGAGAAGCCAGGAACUGAAUUCUGUUCUGUUUGCAUACAUCACUGAAUACAAUAUGUGCCCUCCUAUUUCUGUAGGUCAUGUGGACUUGCUUGGGAAUCAAAGCUAAGAUUUCAUUGGUUCACCAAGGUUGUAAUCCCAAACAUAUUUACCGGAAAGUAAGUUCUAC